UCUUGUUAUAAUCGUCGUUAUUGCUAUCGUUUAGCAGUGGCUCUCAUCAUAUAUAAACGGCACCAACUCCUGCUUUCCCAGUCCCCCAUCCCAGUCUUGUUCUCACUCCCCCAUACAAUUCGUGCUGUGAUCCCGUGACUUCACAGUUAUCACUAUAAUCAGUUACCAAGACUUCCUCCAUUGCCACCGGCUGGCUCCUCCUUUCGCCUGUGUUACGUGUCUCGUCUGUCUACAUCCACCUCUCCCGCUUGCGCAGUAGUAUUGUUAUCGUCAUAGUGGCCUUGGCUGUAUCAGACGUUAACCUCCUUCUUGUGUUUGUUACCACACGCGAGAAUAUCCAAAUCCAUUGUGGCACGGUAAACAGAUAACCAUCACGUCCACCAGACACCAGUUCGUGAAGAAUAGCCUACAAACGAGAGGCCAUACAUCUCACAAAUAACCGCAACUCACAUCGUUUCAUUACUCUGGUGAUCGAUCUGUUUUGAGACUAUCUAGUAGGUGUAUCGUAUCUUGUAUCUUUCGUACUGUCCUGUCCCCAUCACAUUAUCAGAUAUUUGUAUCAUUAUCAAUAUCACUUCCCGUCCACAUUUAAUCCAUAUGAGCGAGAUCACGUUCCUCUAGUCUCGCAGACACCUACAAUAUUUAUAAACUUCUCUAAUAUUCCUUAAUUCUCUCACUUCAACCAGCAUAGCUUCACAUAGACAGCAACCAUGGCUUCCCAAGAUAUCCUGUACCAGUACAAACUGCAGCAGGAGCAUUAUCCCAACGAAAAGAUCUCAGAUUCAUAUGUUCAGAAGCAAAACUCCAAGCUCACUCAAGUUAUCCAGCAAUGUUUCAGCAAGGCCGUCAAGAUAAUCAUCCAAUCACGAACGGUUCCUCCGGCAGCUGCAUCGCCAUUGCUCAAUCCAGCACUUCACGAUGAUUCUGCCAGCGGAAACAAAAUCAAUCGUUGGUUCAAUUUGCAUAUCCAGAACUCCCAGGAUCUUCCCAAAGACGAUCUCAAGCUCUGGAAGUCCAACCACUUGCAAAGUAUGCCUCCCAUGAUCAUCGAGACGUAUCUUGACUUGAGGCAAUUGACCUCAAGUCAAACCAUAGUUUUGAAUGAUGAUAACGGUAACCCGUGGGCAGUAGCCAAGAGCGGAGGCAAGAAGCAGGAAGUGGUUUUAGAAAGAUGGUUGAUUGAAUUCGACCACACAGAUGCUCUGGGCUCGAUAGUAGACGAAUUACCUUUGAUCUACAAGCAGGCCAUUAUUUUGUUCCGCAGUAUCUAUGGUUUUGCUCGUCUAAUGCCUGCUUUCAAGUUGAAAAAGAGACUCUUGAUCAACAAAUCAAGCACCAAGUUAAACAAAUUGACUAUAGGCAACAAAAUUUUGGAUGGAAAACAGCCCAUCAGCUCUAAGGGAAGAAUUGGCUUAUCCAAGACGAUAAUCCCACGUCAAAUGCUCACUACUGACUCUCAUAUGAGUCAAAAGCAUUUCCAGCCCAUUCAAACCAGCUUAGGGACUUUAAAGAUAUCCAUAGCCUAUAGAAACCACUGCGAUUUCUGUAUUCACGACAACGAAGAGGUGCUUUCUACUCAUUUCAUAAGCAUGGAUUCAACUCCCUUGACUGAAUCGGGACAUGGCCAUACUAAGGCUAACAAUACUUCAAUGUCUGUCUCACCUUGUUCUUCGGGACAUCCUGCUUUGAGAGAGGGUUCUCCUACGAAGAGGGGAACACCUCCAACGGCGAUUCAACCAUUCAAGGUUGGCUCUAUUAGUAAUUCUCCUCCUCCAGCAUCACAUACGCCAAAUAGCGGCUAUGGAGGAUCGUUGGAAAGGCGGAUUUCUAUUACAAGCAACAGAUCGACUUCAAAUGCUUCUUUGUUUGCAAUGUUGAGAAACCCUAGAAGUAGUACAUCGUCAACACAUACCACUUCUAAUAUCCCGAUAGCACCGAGCUCGUCGAGUAAUAGCACUAAUGCCACGAACAUGAAUAACAUGUCGUAUCCUCGCUCUAUUUCUUCUUCGCACGGUUCAAACAUGCAACAUGACGAUAGCAUGUUUUCAAAUCCAGACAGUACCACCAAUACGCCGCGCUUUUCGUCUUCGUUUGGCUCGCGUGCCAGCAGAAGGUACUCCAAUACUAGUGUAAGACAAAGUACUCCUGUAGCUGCUAGCACAUUAACUGGUGGAAGUCCCUUGAGUGGACUUUAUAUUGAUGAUGAUAUCAGUGAGUUUGUUCGUCUGAUUGAUAGUAAAGCAGAUCUUCGUUUCUCUAAUUCGUAUACCGCUCAUAACAGCGGUGAACCCAAGAACAAUAUGGGUUCUCCAAGUGGAGGUGACGCUUUAAACAAGUUCCAGAUGAUGAAGAGUCACCACCAACAAUUAGGUGACAGCGUAAAUGCCAGCUUAAUUUUGCAGCAUAACAAUGCAGUCAGUGGUUCUGGCAGUGGAUUUGGCGUAAGCAAUUCCAGACACUCCAGCACAAGUCGUAAGAGCUCCCAUUCUAUACGUUCGCCUUCUCCUUCGAUGUCUGGGCUUUAUGAUGUAGUUCCUGGCAGCUAUGGGAGAUCUGAGAGAAGGUCUUCUUCGGGAGCUGGUGUUCCUGGUCAGCUUUCAUUACCUUCUGGUGGUGGUUUGGCUGCACAUUCUCCGUCGGCCACAGAACCUACUUCUGCUGCGACGAUAACGCCGCGCGAAACGAAUUUUAACUUUUCCAAUGCAUCAUUUCUUCGAUCGGCAAGCAAGCUUUCUGCAACCCCUGUCACUUCUACAACUACAGCGCAUGCUACAAUCCAUCUGGUGACUGGUAUGGCUACUUCACCUUCUUUAUACCAACGUACGAAGGUUGGAUCGUCUAUUCACUAUGAAAAUGUGUUUGAAGAUGACGACGACGACGAGAUGGUUAUGAAAAAACCAGUCGUCACCUCUUCCGGCAGAGAUGAAGAACAGCUACAACACAAACAAAUGAAAGUGGUAAGUAUAGAAAAAGAUGCAGGUGCAAAUAAUUUCGACGACGAUGACUUGCUAUUUACUAUGAGCGAUAUGAACCUUACCAAAAGUUCAUAG